GUUUUGGUUUUGGUAUUUCCCAUAUUUGAAGGAGUUUUACAUUUGAACAGUUGUGUGGCUAUCGCAGAGGCUUCGGAGACACUUCAAUGAUAAAAUUGAAUUGAAAGUGAUAUAACCAUUCAAAAGUUUGAGAUAAAAUGACCUACCUAUCUGUAUAAUAUCGUGCAUCGACACAUCGUAAGUGUUAUUUUCCAAGAAACUGUUGCUAUUGUUGGUGGAAAAAUGAAAGAGUUCGUAGUAGUGAUUCUGCUGAUAAGUUAUGUGGCAAGCUCAAGUUUGAGGAUUGAUCCUCUGGUGCUGACCCAGCAAGGCCUGGUGAGAGGGCAGAGGGCGGAGGACGGCGAAUACACAACAUUUCUGGGCAUUCCUUACGCCGCCGUGGACGAGGAUAAUCCUUUCGGUCCGGCAAAGCCACCCCCUGUAUUUAACGAAAACAUUUUCAAAGCAAACAAUGGAUCAAUCAUGUGUCCGCAAACACUGUUUUUUGAUAUGCAAGGUAGCGGCACUGAAACUCUAGACUGUCUUCGACUGAAUAUAUUUGUGCCAAACAAUGCUACCUCCAAGAAUCCCUUACCCGUGUUAGUGUGGAUCCACGGAGGAGGUUUUGAACUAGGUUCAGGGACCACCAGCGUCACAAAUCUAGUAAACCAAGGCAUUGUGGUAGUAACAAUCAACUAUCGUUUGGGCCCAUACGGAUUUAUGUGUCUCGAUGUCCCAUCGGUGCCCGGCAACCAAGGUCUCAAGGACCAGUAUGCUGCCCUGCAAUGGGUCAGGAACAACAUAGGGUCAUUCGGAGGCAAUCCCUACAACGUCACCAUAUCAGGACAAAGCGCUGGUGCGUGUUCCGUUCUUCUACAAUUAUAUUCGGCGAAAGAAAAGCUGUUCCAUAAAAUAAUAGUACAAAGUGGAACCCCACAAAAUGAAGGAAUGUUUGUGAAUGGAGACGUGGAAGUUGCUAAGAAAUUGGCCAACCAUUUAGGCUUCAAUACCACAGACACUGAACAAGCUUUGGGCUUUCUUACUAAAACCCCAUUUAAUUUAGUAACAUCUGCCCUCGCCAAACUCAAAAUAAAAUUGAGACCUUGUAAAGAGCUGUCAUUUACCGGUGUUGACAAUUUUGUAGAUACAGAUCCAUUCAGUUUAUCUAAUGGAAAGAAAAUCAAAGGAACUCCUAUUUUAAUUGGUCACACAAGCAAGGAAGAGAUGGGCCUGGGGAGCAGUUUCUACGACGGCUAUUACAACGAUGACCCAUUUUACAAUAGAAUAGUCACUAACUAUAAUUUAGAGGAUGAGAAGGCGAGAAAUGUAUCAGAUACUAUUAGACAUUACUAUGUUGGUGACCAGCCUAUAUCGGAAAAACUUUAUUCGGAAUUGGGGAAUUUUGAAUCAGAUUUUAUAUUCAAUCAUCCUAUGCAGAGAAUGAUAACUAAUUUGUUAAAAGAAAAUGCAAAUCCCGUGUAUCAAUACAUGUUUAGUUACGUGGGAGAUUCCGGAGACGAGGGCGCAGGUCAUGGGGCGGAUGGAAAGUAUCUCUACCAGACAGGUGAUCCUUCUGUUCAACUUACCGAAGACGACAAACUUGUUGCUGAUCGAAUGGUUACCAUGUGGACGAAUUUUGUGAAAUAUGGGGAUCCCACACCAAGCUAUGCGAACUCUCUCCCAGUGACGUGGAGUAAGUCAAGCCUCGCCACCCGGCCGUACCUGCUCAUAGACAAAGACUUGAGGAUGGAGAGCAGAGUUUUCAGCGACAGGAUGGCUUUUUGGGACCUUUUCUAUGACAACUACGGCAAAUUCAAUAAGCUGACAACAAAUUGCGAUGUAUAAAAUCUCAUUCAAAAUUGUUAUUUAUUCGACAACUAGUUUAAAGUAAAGAUUUGGUAUAGUAUAUAACAAUUUACUAUAGAAUUAUAUGUUUUUAUUUUAUUUUA